ACAACCGCAACUACAGUCGCACCUACACCAACACUCCUCAAAACCUGCAGCCAUGGCAACCACAUCUUCCUAUCUACCGCCCGUACCCAACCCCACGUCUACCUCCACAUCCUCAAACACAAGCUUUACCUUCCCACCCCACUACUCCUUCCCCCCCUUCUUCACCCUGCAACCCGUGGCCAGCACCCGCAGCUCACAGCUCGCCUCGUGGUCGACGCUAAUUCAAUCCUACUGCCGGCACCACCGCAUCUUCACCCUCUCCCUCAUCGACGCCCUGCCCACACCCUUAUUCACAAACGCCACUCUCCGCCGCAGCCUCUCACUCCGCGACGCAAAAGCAAUCCUCACAUACAUGGCCUCGCCCGAAGGCGGGAAUCGCGCGGAAUUCAUAACAUCUGGUACGAAGAAAAGCUCGAAAGCAGAAGAAGGAGAGGGGGGCAAAGUGUGGGUGUACUGGCGUAGACCGGAGGAAUGGGCGACGGCGAUUGAGGAGUGGGUGGAGAGGACGGGGCAGAAGGGGACAGUGCUGACGCUUUAUGAGAUUGUGGAGGGGGAUGCAGUGGGGAAGGAGGAGUUUGGAGGGAUGGACAUGGAGCUUUUGCAGAAGAGUCUGGGGGUUUGUGUUAAGAGGGGGAAGGCGCAGGUGUUUGGGAGUGGGGGGGAGGGAGAGGGCGUGAAGUUUUUUUGAGGGAAAAUCGGGUUAUUUAAGGGGAGGGGAUGGGAAGAGAAGAGUGGAAAUGAUAUCCAAAUGAAUAGACUUGCAUAUUGUGUUUGGAGAGGGUUCUUUUGUUAAAUGAGUGGAUGAAUGGGCUUGCAAGGUGGGAAUCUUGCUCAUCAUUGUAACUCCAAUGACUCUUUUUUUUACAACGAGAUAUAUUCCUAUGACGUAUAGGACCCAAAAAAAAGAUACACCUUCUGAAUGAAUCAUCCGCAGACAAUC